UUCAAGAAACAGCCAAUGGCACAAGGGUGGCGCUGGAAAAGACGAGCAAUGAACACAGCGGCAGAUCGGUUCACAAAAUAAAGUUCCCGAUUCAGCCGAGCGAGUCGUCUCCCUUGCUCUUUUACCCAUCAGACUCCGAAGGGGGCUCGAUCGUGAGUUAACGGACGCCCCCGAAAACCUUGAUCUCGAUGAGGAAAUAAUAUUUGGAGCUUUUGGAGGGCUGCGCGCGUUGAUGCCCAGCGCUUUUUCCGAGGGGAUGUGAACUGGGAAGGUGCACCGGUCUCAGCUGCACAGUUGUUUAUGGAGCCGCGGGCCGGGGAUAGCUCGCCGCCUCUGCGCGUCUGCGGCUCCCUGGGCAAUGCUGCAGCUGCCGUUUCCGCCGCCGCCGGCCCUGAGAGGACGUGGUGGGCUCCUCGGCAGAGGCUGACCUGGGCGAACAAGCAGGAGGAGAAAGCGACAGCAGCAGCAACGGAGCCUCUCCCCCGGCGGCCGGACCCUUUACUAUGGCCGUGUCCUGCUAUGCGCUCAACAGCCUAGUGAUAAUGAAGAGCGGCGAGGAAGAGGAGAAAAGCGGCGGCGGCGGCGGCGGCGGCUACAGGAGCAAGACGCCGCCUGUGACGCGCAGGCAGGUGCUGGUCCGGGGAAGCGAAAGGCACAGCAGCUACUGCCCGCUGCCCGGGCGCAGCGGUGGCGGCUCCAGCAGCGCCGCCACAGCUUUCCUCUUCCCUUCUGGAGAGCAGCCGCAGGCAGGGGAGGAGGCGCUCGCUCGCGGGACUCCUCGACGGCUCAGCAGCCCGAGCUGGGCGAGCCCCCCCAGCCGCUCCCCGUCGCCCGGCUCGGCGCGCAUCCUCCAGCGCGAGUUGCAGAACGUGCAAGUGACCCAGAAAGUGGGGCUCUUCGAGGCGCACAUCCAGGCGCAGAGCUCGGGCGCCGCUGCCGCGCCCGCCCCCUUCCCCCUGAAGAGCCCCCGUCUGGCCAGGAGGAGAUCGCCUUCCCCCAACCCAUCUCGGGCCGCGCAGGUGUUUGGAGACACCGCCACGAAGGGGUCGAGGCAGCAGCAGGAGGUGGCGGCGACGGUCAAGAAGCCCGAGAGCCCGUUGUCCCGGCUAGAAAGCAUGGUGAAGGCGUCGGAGCAGGAGGGAGAGAGAAGCGCCGGGACCUGGCUGCCCUACGUGGCGGAAAAGAGAGAGACGGGCAACGGCCCCUCGGCGGCGCAGAGUGCGAUGGAGAUGGGAAACGGGUUAUCCAAGGCACGAAGCCGAGCGGAGACGGGACUGGACAGCGGGGUCUCUAGAGCGCCGGGCUCGAAAGAGGCGGAGAGCCGGAGCCAAUCGCCCCAGGCUUGGGGCUCGAAUGAGACGGGCAAAGGGGAUGAGACGUUGCCGAAGGCGCACAAUUCAGACGAGAUGGAGAAGGCGAAUGGGAUUUCCAGGGCUCAGGAGUCAGGGAAGGCGGGGAGGAGACUGGGAUCUAGCGUGGGGCAGGACUUGGAGAACAGAAGUGGCCCUCUCGAAGGAAAGGACUCCAGAGAGCUGGAGAGUGCCAGGAGGUGCCAGGGCACUCAGGCGUCAGGGGCGGGGGGCAGCGGUGAAGGCGAUGCCGGCCAGGUGAGCGGAUCCUCCAAGGAUCAAGGCUGCUUAGAAGCCAUGCAGGGGAGGAGCAGCUUUCACAGAGGGCAGGGCUCAGACGCCAUAGAGAAGCCCCUUGGAGAGCCGCUCCCGCCAGGAGACCCGCCUUGUGUUGCCAGGACUGACGGCAAGGGCAGCAGCAGCUGCUUGUUAGCUUUGACGUGCUCCGUGAAGAAGACGCUGCCGACGCCGCUGUCAGCCCCAGAGCUUUGCUCUGAGCUUAUGGCUGAAGCCAACGGAACUGGGCUGCAAGGGCAGCAUCCUGGAGAGCAGCUGCUUCCAUCGGGGACCUCCAUAGAAGUACAAGAGCAACAACAGGGGAAGCCCCUACUGGAAGGGGAGAGCUGCUGUGGAGGUGGCGGCAUCCCUGCCGUCAUAGUGACUGACCUGGAUGCUCAGGAGGAGGAAGAGGCAGGAGGAACCCCUCGAAAGAACAUGUCAGUCAGGAAGCUAUCCUCUUCCUCUGCUUCUUCAACCGGCUUCUCCUCAUCCUGGGAAGAGUCUGAGGAGGACAUCUCCAGCGAUCCCGAGCGAUCCUUGGACCAGAGUCCAGCCUUCCUGCAGACCCUGGAUAAACCAAGAGUGAGCAAGUCAUGGCGGAAGAUCAAGAACAUGGUGCACUGGUCCCCUUUCGUUAUGUCGUUCAAGAAGAAAUAUCCUUGGAUCCAACUAGCAGGACAUGCAGGUAGCUUCAAAGCCGCAGCUAAUGGGAGGAUAUUGAAGAAGCAUUGUGAGUCUGAACAGCGCUGCUUGGACCGCUUGAUGAAUGACGUGCUUAAGCCGUAUGUUCCUGCCUACCAUGGAGACAUAGUGAAGGAUGGGGAGCGGUACAAUCAGAUGGAAGAUCUCCUGGCUGAAUUUGACUCUCCUUGUGUCAUGGAUUGCAAGAUGGGAGUCAGGACCUACUUGGAGGAAGAACUAACAAAGGCCAGGAAGAAGCCAAGUCUGCGGAAGGACAUGUAUCAAAAGAUGAUAGAAGUAGAUCCUGAGGCUCCGACGGAGGAGGAGAAUUCUCACCGUGCAGUAACCAAGCCUCGAUACAUGCAGUGGAGGGAAACUAUAAGUUCUACAGCAACUCUAGGGUUCAGGAUUGAAGGGAUAAAGAAGGAAGAUGGCACUGUGAACAGGGAUUUCAAGAAGACUAGGACAAAGGAACAAGUCAUGGAGGCCUUCAGAGAAUUUACUAAAGGAAACUGCAAUGUUCUGAACUGUUACCUUAACCGGUUGAAGGGGAUCUGUGACACCUUGGAAACGUCACCAUUCUUCAAGACUCAUGAGGUAAUUGGGAGUUCCCUUCUCUUCAUUCAUGACAAGAGAGAACAGGCCAAAGUCUGGAUGAUUGAUUUUGGGAAAACCACGCCGCUUCCUGAGGGACAAGUCCUCCAGCACAAUGUGCCCUGGAUAGAAGGGAACAGAGAGGAUGGCUACCUCUGGGGGCUGAAUAACCUCAUUGAGAUUCUAUGGGAAUUGUCUCAGAGUGAAGACUUGCAUUAAAGCCGAAUGUCCAACUCCACCACUACCCAGAACCCAGCCCGUCAAACUGACUUUCUGAACUGCACUACAAGACACUUUCCCCCCACCCUUUCCCUUCCAGUUCUAAAAGUUAGACGCUCCUUUUAUUUAAGGUGUAAAUACGCAGUUACGUGCCAGAACAAAUGCUGAACAUGAAGCUUAAUGUGGGCAAUGGAAGCAAAUAGCAAUACUGGCCUUUUUAGGUGUGAGCAGUUAGUGACUCUCUGGCUAGCCAAAUGCAUGACUUGCAUAACUCCCUCCUCCAUAGAAUAUCUGGAUCUUAGGCAGCUUGUGUUUUAACCCAGAACAUCAUCUGGGGUUGGGGUUUAUACCGUUCCCAUGCACACCUCAGCAGAAUGAAGAUGACGCCCUAGUCUUGCUUACGUUAUAUCUAGCGAAUAGUUCUCAUAGUGAAGGAUAGAUUCAUUUCUAGUUAUCUGCUGCCCUCUCAUGUCCAAAGUUAGUAUACGAUUUGGGACACUCUUGUUAAAGGCGUGGCUGCAGAGAGCAUGUUGUGGGGGCUAAAGGUGUUCUCUCUCUUCCUGAGAACCUCCCACAUGAAUGAGAUGUUGGAGUCCAGAACUUACUAAGAAAACUUGAGAGAAAGAUAGAUGGCAUUUCCUGAAUGACAGCAACUUUUAUUUACUAACCUCCUUAAAUGUAGGAAUCUGGAUAUAGGAAUUUAUAGGAAUAUUUAAUAUCAGGUCUACGUUUCUAUAUAAUCAAGCAAUUUCUUGUUGGCUUAUAACUACGUACUGUGCAAUACUUGAGUGGCUGUAGGGACUGCAAAAGCCUGCUUCUGAGGUUUCCAUUGAUGAUGUCUUCAUUUAGCUGCUGGCAUUGGUUUGGGCUGCCGGGGCAAGACAUUUGGAUCCCUUGUUCUAGACGUCAGUGGCCUGUCAAUGGCAGAAUGAAACGGUCUAGAACUGCCAUUGGUGAGGUGACUUUUUGUUAGCACUGCGGAGCCUUUUCAAAUGGCAAACAAUUUCUCAGGUGUGCUCUUGAAAAACAUUCCAGGUCUCACAUCUCAAAGUAUGGCAUUAACUAGGCCUAAAAAAAGAAAGAAAAAAGGAACAGUAUCACUAAGCAGAUUUUUAGAAUGGUGAGUUAGUUGCACAACUUUCAUAUAUCUGCAAGGAAUUUGGAAGGGAAAAGAACCGUGUCAUCAUUUGGUAGGGCGCAUUGGAUAAGGCAUUUCUCUUAGUCCCUAAAAUUUGUGACCUAAACUGUAGCUCUCUUACAUCCGUCUAGUUUUCUAAGUAAGUAGUAUCUAAGGAUUUGCCACUUUCAGGCCAUGGCUAGACCAGGCCUAUAUCCCAGGAUUGUCCCGGGAUCAUCCCUGUGCAUCCAGAUGACACACAGGGGAUCCUGGGAGCAGGCAGGGAUGAUCCCUCCAUUUGCCUGGGAUAAACCUUAGGUCUAGCUAAGGCCACUGUCUUGCAAGAAUGUCUACUUCUCUAUUUUAGGGUGGAAGCUAUUUUAUGACUUCCUGGAACGUUUGAACGAAGCAGAUUGCUUGCGUAACGGCUGACUUGCUAAAAGGUCAGCAACUGACAGAACUGCAUGAAGGAAAAGACUAUUGGUGUGUUUUAUUUUCUCGGGGAAUUCGCGAGUGCUACUUGGAAAGGGGGACUGUGUCGAGUUUAGGUCAAAAAUCUCUGAGCUGUUUUCUGGCUGGCUUCAAUUCUGACAAAUCUACAAACCUUUCUGUAUUCAUGCUAUAUCCCAUAGGCUUCUAAAGCCCAUUGCUACUUCAUUUCCCAGUAGUAUUGCUGUAACCCUGCUUGCCCUUGUAAUGAGAUGGCUGCAGUUUCUUGCACUGGGAGGUUCUGUCCUUGCAGCAAGGGUGUGUGUGUGUUUUAGAGGGUGGGAAAAUGUCCCUUGGGCACUGGUCAACAUACAGUCCCUGCCCAAAUCUUUCAUAAGGCCUGAACCCCUUUGGGACGCCCUCUGUUCAUAUCUCACUAGGCACAUGUCUCUCAUUCUUCGAUGCUGUUGUAAAUAGUUGCUCUGUUCAGUCGCUUUUCCCCAUCAGGCUUCCUAUGCUGUUAAUAAUAGCCUAUGUGGAAGUGCCUUAUGGACUAGUUUCUGUUCCAUUAGUGUCAUGGAAAAGUGUUUUGGUCGUUGUUGUGUUUUUUUAAAGUUCUAUUUAUUGCCAUUCCUUUUUUAGUUGCCUAGAACACUAAGUCUUAAUGCAUGGAAUCUUUUAAAGAAUAAUGUUUAGUUUUUAAAACAUCUUUUUCCACGUUUGUGGAGGAGGAAAAGUCCAUGAAGCAGCUUAGGUUUAUACCAUUUUUAAACUGUAUUUAGCUUUUAAAUGGCUUCUAUUAUAUACAUUUUUAUUUUUUUAAGCCUGUUUGUUUGUAAAACAAGAUUCCUUGCUUUGUGGCUUUAAAAGAAGUGAAUUAUUUCUCCAGAUGUCUUUUAGACCUUUCUGGAGGUCGGAACUGUUGCUGUGAGGUAGUUCUUCCCAUACCCUCCGCAUCAUUUCUCCUUGAUUAGCGAUGACGCAAAGAACUUGGCGAGUUAUAAAACACCACCAAUGCACAGUGCCUGUAAGUCAAAUUACUCAAAAUAAAGGCAUACA